AUGACUCUGAAAAUCGCCAAUUCUGCUAUACCACGAUUGUCGCUACUUAAUAAUAAAGAUCUCGUUACUGCUGCAAUUAAUUUUUGCAAUCUUUCCUAUGUUUCUCCUGAAGCAUUCAUCUUUGCAACCAAUUUACGUAAACUUGAUUUGUCGCAAAAUUUGCUCAAAAGCCUACAGUUCCACAGCGAUUCAUAUUUUGCCAUAGAAAAUUUGAUUUUAUCUGGGAAUCAGUUCCGGGCUGUCCCGGAUUUGCAUCCGCUCCAGUUGCUAACGCAUUUAGAUCUGUCACACAACAAAAUUACCCAUCUUACUGACAAUGAUUUAUCGUUACCGAAUCUGCAAGUAAUUGACCUGUCACAUAACGAGCUGCAAAGCCUGAAACCGACUAACUUUGGUGAUAUGAGCCGCAUUCUUUCUCUGGACGGAAAUCCAUGGCGUUGCGACUGCCAACUACGCCAAUUCAUUGCUUAUCAACGCAAAACGCUAACUGCGAAAUCAUCAAGCUGUCAUGAGCCGGUACAAAUUCGUGGUACAAAAUGGGGCGAUCUCAGUUUAAUGGUAAGAAAGAUUUUCGAGCUUCAAAACCAAUCUUCACAUCCGCCGCUUUCAAAAACAACAGAGAGUAAAUCAACCUGUUACUUGUUCUUACUUCUUAAUUCCAAAAUCAAAUAUACUAAAAAUCAGAACUAG